CUCAAAUCAUCACUGCCAUUCUGGUUCGAACUUCACCUAUAUAUACUCUACAUUUUCAACACCCUUAUCUUGCACAUUCAAGACGCAACAUUAGCUAAGCUUAUUUUCUACACAAUACAAAGAAUGGCUUACAGCACCACUCUAUCUUCAUCUUUCUUUCUUCUCUUUCUUAUAGGCCUUCUUCUGAGUGUUUCUAUUUUAGCCCGGGAACCAUUUGCUUGCGACCCAAAAGAUGCAACGACAAAAGCUUUGCCGUUUUGCCAAGUAUCUUUACCAAUAAGGGAAAGAGUGAAAGACCUUAUUGGAAGGCUGACUUUGAAGGAGAAGGUUGGGCUGCUUGUAGACAAUGCAGGAGCAGUUCCACGCCUUGGAAUCAAAGGAUAUGAAUGGUGGUCUGAAGCUCUUCACGGUGUUUCCAAUGUGGGUCCGGGGACCAAAUUUGGUGGGGACUUUCCUGGGGCCACUAGCUUCCCACAAGUCAUCACAACCGCUGCUUCUUUCAAUGCAACAUUGUGGGAAGCGAUCGGACGGGUUGUGUCAGAUGAAGCAAGAGCAAUGUACAAUGGUGGCGUUGCUGGACUCACGUAUUGGAGCCCAAACGUCAACAUUUUUAGAGACCCAAGAUGGGGCCGUGGGCAGGAGACACCCGGUGAGGAUCCUGUAUUAGCCGGUAAUUAUGCUGCUAGCUACGUUAAAGGGUUACAGGGUAACGACGGUGAGCGGUUGAAGGUAGCUGCUUCUUGUAAGCACUUCACAGCCUAUGAUCUCGAUAACUGGAAUGGUGUGGAUAGAUUCCACUUUAACGCUCAGGUAAGCAAGCAGGACAUUGAGGACACAUUUGAUGUGCCAUUCAGAAUGUGUGUGAAGGAUGGUAAGGUAGCUAGUGUUAUGUGCUCAUACAAUCAGGUCAAUGGUAUCCCCACAUGCGCUGAUCCUAAAAUACUCAAGAACACCAUACGCGGCCAAUGGCGCCUCAACGGGUAUAUCGUUUCAGAUUGUGACUCAGUUGGGGUAUACUAUGACACUCAACAUUAUACAUCAACACCGGAAGAAGCCGCUGCUGAUGCCAUUAAAGCAGGAUUGGAUUUGGACUGUGGGCCUUUCUUAGGUGUUCACACAGAGAACGCAGUGCAAAGAGGUUUGGUGAGUGAGGCAGACGUUAAUAACGCAUUAGUUAACACAAUUACCAUACAAAUGAGGCUUGGCAUGUUUGACGGAGAGCCAUCUGCACAACCAUACGGGAACUUAGGUCCAAAAGAUGUGUGCACCCCGGCUCACCAAGAGCUUGCACUGGAAGCUGCCAGACAAGGCAUUGUUCUUCUUAAAAACCAAGGCCCUUCAUUACCUUUGUCCCAUCUUCGUCACCGCACUAUUGCUGUCAUUGGUCCUAACUCUGAUGUCACUGUUACUAUGAUUGGUAACUAUGCUGGAGUGGCAUGCGGAUACACAACUCCCUUGCAAGGAAUAGGGAGAUAUGCAAAGACAAUUCAUCAACAAGGUUGCAAAGAUGUAGCAUGUGGUGAUGACCAGUCAUUUGGUGCAGCAAUUGACGCUAGCCGUCAAGCGGAUGCAACGGUUCUUGUGGUGGGGCUUGAUCAGUCCAUUGAAGCAGAAGCAAGAGACAGGGCUGGGCUGCUUUUACCCGGUCUCCAACAAGAGCUUGUGUCUAAAGUUGCCCAAGCCUCGAAGGGCCCAACUAUUUUGGUCUUAAUGUCUGGUGGGCCUAUUGAUGUAUCCUUCGCCAAGAAUGACCCACGAAUUGUGGCCAUUUUAUGGGCUGGGUACCCGGGUCAAGCUGGAGGCACGGCCAUUGCUGAUGUCUUGUUCGGAACUACCAACCCAGGAGGCAAGCUACCAAUGACAUGGUACCCACAGGAGUAUAUUGCAAAUCUGCCAAUGACAAACAUGGCCAUGCGAUCCAGUCCAUCAAAAGGCUACCCUGGAAGAACUUACAGAUUUUACAAAGGUCCAGUUGUGUACCCAUUCGGUCACGGAAUCAGUUACACGAACUUUGUACACACCGUAGCCAGUGCACCCCCCGUGGUUGGGGUACCCCUAGACGGGCGCCGGCGCUUCGGAAACGUAACUGUUUCUGGCAAGGCAAUCAGAGUUACACAUGCAAAAUGUAAGGGGCUCUCAUUAGGCAUUCAGGUAGAUGUGAAAAACAUUGGUUCCAAGGACGGGUCGCACACAUUACUAGUAUACUCUAAACCACCAGCAGGGUAUUGGGUUCCACACAAACAAUUGGUGGCCUUUGAGAAAGUGCAUGUUCCUGCUGGGACUCAACAACGAGUUGGAAUUAAUAUACAUGUUUGCAAGUUUUUAAGUGUUGUGGAUAGGUCUGGAAUUCGAAGAAUUCCAAUGGGUGAACACAGUAUUCAUAUUGCCGAUAUAAAGCAUUCCGUGUCACUUCAAGCAGCUACUUUAGGGGUGAUCAAAUCUUGAAGCUUGCAGGCUAAGGUUCUAGACGGUCUUCCCACCAAAUUCAUAGGCAUAUAUAAUCCCAAAUUAGGGAUCGAUUCUAGGAAGAAUAACUAUCAUGAUUUUUUUAAUAUUGAUUAAUACUUUUGAUUUCCAGUCAUACAUUGAUCAUUGAUGUAAUUAGUGAGUCCAUUGAGAAUCAGAAUGGGAAAUUCAAGAUAAAGCUGAAGUUGUGAUUUGUGAAGAAAUAAAAUAAAAAUCUGUUUCUGUA